CAUUUUUUCAAAUAUUUGCACACGCAAAUAGUAACAAAUCCAUUUCACAAAAUCUUAUCAAUAUGCAAGGAUGGUUUUGGAUGAAAAGUAGAGCUUUGACUCUUUUUGUAAUUUGGACAUCCCUAAUUCAAGAAGGUGAUAACAAUUCCAAUGGAGGUUGCAGUUAUGGUGAAGUCAAGGUUGGAAACAAUUGUACAGAUUGUCCGGUUGGAUAUUUUGGGGAAAAUUGCACCGAUAAAUGUACCCCACCUAGCUACGGAGAGUUAUGUAGUGACGUAUGUGACUGUACAUUAUGCCAUCACAUAUUCGGUUGCAAUGAAACAGGGGAGACAACAGAUGCAAAAACAACUGAGGAUAUGAAAUCAGAAACAACCGUUACCUAUAGUGUAAUCAACGUAACAAACCAAACCAUUCUCGGUAAAAAGAAAGAAUCACUGCAGAGUACAAGUAAACAUGUGACGUCAGGCUCGCCGGUACCCCUUGCUUUAAACAACACAAGAAACAAACAAAUCCGCAGUAAGUCGGAAUUUUUUAAACUUUAAGAUAUCUGAUAUUUCCAUUUUAAAAGUUAGAGAAAGCUGCAUGCUAUAUUCCGUUUGGUAUAAAGAAUUGAUUGCAUUGCACUCGCUUAAUUUGAAAGUUUUGUCACAAAUAUAUUAUGUCGUAACUAUCGCGUAAGGUAACAAAACUAUGUAAGGUAGAAAAUUCUCUUAAUUUAUUUCUAAUCUGAAAGUUAGAAUAUAAAACGACAAUUUCUUCAUUAGAUCUCAUAUUCUAUCGAGCGUG